ACGUUGUCACGUCAAUAAAACCUAACCCUAACUCUUCCACAUUUGUUGAACGACAGACAAGGAUAGCAACACCAUUGCAAAUCGUAUACUACCAUUGUAACGUGGACCUCACCAUAGAUACUCAAAGAAUACUUUUGAAUAACUUUGUUAUAACUGUGACUGUUGCUGGCCGUUACUCUGUUUCUGAGACAAAGAGAAGCUGCUCUCGCCACAGUCACAUUGCAGUUUUGAUUAGUUGUUCCUUCUUUCCUUGGUUUGUAAAAAGAAAGAAAUAUGGAAUCUAUUGUGAAGUCCGAGCCAAGGGAAUCGGAAGAAUGGCUAGAAGACAGGGCAUCUAUUAAAGAAGAAAUCGACAUAGAAUAUGGCAUGCCCUGGCUUGGCAAGCAGGAGUUUCCGGAUGAGAGCAGG